AUGAAUGGUUGAGACCAGUGAUGAAAAAAGACAAGCAGGUGCUGGUGCACUGGGGCUUCUUUCCAGACAGCUACGACACUUGGGUUCAUGCCAACGAAAUAGAUGCUGAAAUUGAGGAUCCUCCAAUUCCUGAAAAGCCGUGGAAGGUUCAUGCCAAGUGGAUUUUGGACACAGAUAUAUUCAACGAAUGGAUGAAUGAAGAGGAUUAUGAGGUGGAUGAGAACAGGAAAUCCGUGAGCUUUCGGCAGAGAAUCUCCAUGAAGAAUGAAGAGCCCGUGCGUAGUCCUGAGAGGAGAGACAGGAAAGCAGCAGCAAGCACACGGAAGAGAAAGCAUUCUCCUUCUCCACCCCCCACUCCUGUGGAGUCAAGAAAGAAGUCAGGGAAGAAAGGACAAGCAACCAUAUAUGGGAAAAGGAGAGGGCAGAAGGAAGAAGAUGAGCAAGAAGAUCUUACAAAGGACAUGGAGGAUCCCACGCCAGUACCUAACAUAGAAGAAGUGGUACUUCCCAAAAAUGUGAACCCAAAGAAAGACAGCGAGAACACGCCUGUGAAAGGAGGAACAGUGGCAGACCUUGAUGAACAGGAUGAGGAGACAGUGGCGACUGGAGGAAAGGAGGAUGAAGAUCCUAACAAAGGUGACCAGAGUCGAUCCAUGGAUCCAGGUGAAGAUAACGUCACAGAACAAACCAACCACAUCAUCAUUCCCAGCUAUGCGUCUUGGUUUGACUACAACUGCAUUCAUGUGAUUGAGCGCCGUGCUCUUCCGGAGUUUUUCAAUGGAAAAAACAAGUCCAAGACUCCUGAAAU